UGGAUGCGAAUUACAUUGCGCAAACAGUUGCUCAAGCAGUCACAGCAGUAUUUAGUAAGGGGAAAGGAAGAGCAAGAUCACCAUCAUUCUCAAGCUCUUAUAGCUCAGGAGCUACUAGUAGUGAAGAUGAAAGUGAGGUAGAAGAUAAAUUGGUUAAAAGGAGAAGAGGUGAAGAUGUACUGAAAAUAUUAAUAGAUGAGCAGAGCCAAUCGCAGGACGUGAGGCAAAAGCUGAUUUCAGCUAUUACAAAAAAAUUACCAGGAUAUCAUCACCAUUCUGACGUGAUUGAAAAAAUUUUAAACCAACAUUAUAAGACGCAACGUCGAACAGCAACAAUAAAUGUUGAUCCAAAAUUAAAGGCCUACAAUCGUGCUAAAAUGAAAAAAAAUAGUAAGGUGAAUGAG